UGCAACUGCGAUUACCACGAUAAGCGUUGCAGUUGAAUGCUCCCCUAAAAGAAAUGCUAAUGAUAUGUAUGCGGUGUACAUAAAAAUUUGAAUUUUAGAUUUGGCAUCAGGAAAAAUUGCCGUUAAAAAUGUGAUGUUUAUGUUUAUUUUUUCCUUGAUCAGUUAUCGCAGGCGUUGUGUGCCGUGUAAACAAUUAAUAUUUCAGUAAAUAAAUUUAAUAAUUAAAACAAUAUAUUCUUAAAAAUGAGUUUUUGGUGCAGGUCUAUAAAUUCGUCAAAUGCCUCUCAUUUACUUAAUUGUUUUAAUGUACGAAAGUCCAUUCCUAGCCAGAGAGUUAGAAAAUGCUUUUUUCAUUCAGGACCAGAAGAAGACAUACAAUAUAUUCAGCGCAGUAUUGUACCUACAAUGCAUUUUCAAGACAGCUUGCCUCGCCUUCCUAUUCCUGAAUUAGAAAAAACCUGUGAAAGAUAUAUAAAUGCUCUCAAACCUAUUAUUAGUGCAGACAAGCUACAGAAAACUGCUGAAAUAGUAGAAAAAUUCAAAAGUAAUGAAGGAAAAGAGCUUCAGGAGCUGUUAAAAGCCUCUAAUGCAAGAAAUAAGCAUACAAGUUAUAUCUCGGGUCCUUGGUUUGAAAUGUAUUUGAAAUCUAGAGUUCCAGUAGUGCUGAACUUCAAUCCUUUUCUCGCAUUUAAAGAUGACCCUAAAAAGGAAUACAAUUCCCAACUAAUUCGAGCAACAAAUAUGAUUUUAUCAUCUUUAAGGUUUAUGAAAUCUCUAAGAGCAGAAAUAUUAGAGCCAGAAAUUUUUCACUUAAAUCCUGAGAAAAGUGACACAGCUUUUUUCAGAAAGACUAUGAGACUAGUUCCAAAACCCUUUGCAUGGUAUGGAGCAUAUCUAUUUAAAGCAUUUCCCUUGGACAUGAGUCAGUUUAAUAACUUAUUCAAUUCAACACGAAUUCCUCGUCUGGAUAAAGAUGAAAUUCAAGUCUUUCCCGAAGCUCGUCAUGUUGUUGUUCUUAGGAAUGGCUACUUUUAUGUUUUUGAUGCCUUAGAUGGUGAUGGAAAUAUUUUACCUCCAUCUCAUAUAUAUAAUCAUAUAAAUUACAUUUUAUCUGAUGUACGACCUCCACCGUCACAUCCAAUAUCUUUCUUGACAACUGAAAAUCGUGAUACCUGGGCAGAGGCACGAGAAUACCUUGAAAAAUUAGGAAAUGCUGAACAGCUGAAGCUUAUUGACAGUGCAAUAUUUGUUCUUGCCUUAGAUGAUCAAUCUUUAGGAAAUGAUUUGGUCAAAUCUGCUCAUCAUAUGCUUCAUGGACCUGCUUAUAAUAGGUGGUUUGAUAAGAGCUUUACACUAAUCAUCACUGCAGAUGGAAAAGCUGCUUUGAACUUUGAGCAUGCCUGGGGAGAUGGUGUAGCAGUUUUGCGAUAUUUCAAUGAGAUAUAUGCUGAUUCUUUAAAAAAUCAUUUUGUUGGACCUAAAACAGUAUCUGCAAAUGUUGAUGCUUCUCACAGAGUUCGAAGGUUAGAUUUCACUCUGGAUGAAGCAAUAAGGUGUAGCAUUCGGAAAGCACGAGAUGAUUUGAAGAAAAUCACUGACAGCUUGCAGUUAAAUAUCCUGCAAUAUGAACGACUGCAUAGAGAGAACAUAAAGAGCUAUAAACUUAGUCCGGACUCAGUUGCACAGUUAGGCUUGCAGAUGGCAUUUUAUAAAAUAUAUGGAAAAUUUGUGGCAACUUAUGAAUCUUGCAGUACAUCAGCAUUUAAGCAUGGAAGAACUGAAACUGUCAGACCAGCUACGAUAGCUACCAAGCAAUGCGUUGAAGAAUUCCACAAAAUGAAACGUAUUUCAGAUUCUGAACUGCGAGCGCUUGUGAAGGAAUGUACUAAAGUUCACAAUCAAUUAACAAAAGAGGCAGCAAUGGGUCAAGGGUUUGAUAGACACUUGUUUGGCUUACGUUACAUAGCAGAAAAGAAUGGUAAAAAAAUUCCUGCCUUAUAUCAAGAUCCUGUGUAUGCUGAAGCUAAUCACUUCAUAAUUUCAACAUCAACAUUAUUUGGACCUGCAUUUAGUGGUGGAGGAUUUGCACCAGUUGUAAAGGAUGGUUUUGGUAUUGGUUAUGGCUUUUUGGAGAACAUUAUGGGGUUUUUAGUGAGCUCUUAUUCUCCUUACAAAGAUGGAGCUGCAUUUGUAGAAGCAUUAAAUGCAAGUUUUGAUGAAAUUCAUGAAGUGCUAGCAAAAAGUUCAUUAUGAAGUUACCAAUCUCCUUUAAUGAAAUUUAAUUUUUUACCAAGUGUUAUUUAUAAUAUAUUUAUUUUUAUUUCAGAAGUAUUUUAAUCUUAUUUUUAAAGAAUUAAAUUAUGUAAAAUAAUUUAUUUUUAUCUGAAAUGUGACAUAUGUAUAAUUUUAUAUCAAAUUGAGAUAUAUCUAAAAAUGUAUGCACUGUGGCAAUUGUAAAUAAGCUUUGUUCUAAAAUGGAUAUUUAUAUGAAUAUAUAAUAAAUGAAUUUAUUUUCAUAAA